AUGGCGCUGUGCCGGACGGCGCCCGCCAACUCCUCCUGCUUCCACCCCCGCGCCGUCGCCAGCUCGCCCUCCUCUCUCAGCGUGGGCACCAAGGUCUUCGUCGGGUUGAAGGCCCAGACCAGGCUCGGCUCGUCCGAGUCGUCGUGCCCGAAUGUCAACGCCCGGUUCUACACCGCCGUCAACCGGAGGGUCUCUCUAGGGUUGUCAAACAAGAGGGCUACCAGGGCACGUAUUUCCAUGAUGCCUGUCGGCACCCCACGGGUACCGUACAGAACACCUGGUGAAGGAACCUGGCAGUGGCUUGACAUAUGGAAUGCUUUAUAUCGUGAACGGAUUAUCUUCAUUGGGGACACUAUUGAUGAAGAAUUCAGUAACCAAGUACUGGCAAGCAUGCUGUAUCUUGACAGUGUUGAUGACACAAAGAAGAUUCUUCUAUACAUCAAUGGUCCAGGAGGAGAUCUUACACCAUGCAUGGCGUUAUAUGAUACCAUGCUAAGCCUAAAGAGUCCAAUUGGUACUCAUUGCCUGGGCUUUGCAUUCAACUUGGCAGGAUUCAUUCUUGCAGCUGGUCAAAAGGGUUCACGUACUGGUAUGCCUCUUUGCCGUGUUUCACUUCAGUCACCUGCUGGAGCAGCUCGAGGCCAGGUCUGGGCUGAUGAUAUAGAAAACGAGUCAAACGAACUUAAUCGAAUCAAGAACUAUCUUUACGGCAAGCUAGCAGAGCACACGGGCCAUUCUGUUGAAAAGGUUCAUGAGGACUUGUCCAGGUCGAAGCGCUUCGACGCCGAAGGAGCCCUCGAAUACGGGAUCAUCGACCGUAUCGUCAGGCCUUCCCGGAUCAAGAAAGAGGGCGGCUCGACCACCGGGAGGGUGCUAGUUGUGGCCUGCCUGCAACAUGCUAACUGCAAACUGAUAUUCUCACCAUAUAUGCAGAUUAUAGUAGUGGUGUAA